CCUUCUUUCUUUCUUUCUUUCUUUGUGUUCUCUAGUCUGAGCUUCAUAAUUUGGGGAAAUAAAAGUGAAAGUUAUGGGAAGGGGUAGGGUUCAGUUGAAGAGAAUUGAGAACAAAAUAAACAGGCAAGUAACUUUCUCGAAAAGGAAAGCUGGGCUGCUGAAGAAGGCUCAUGAGAUCUCUGUUCUGUGUGAUGCUGAAGUUGCUCUCAUUCUCUUCUCCCACAAAGGAAAGCUCUUUGAAUACGCCACUGAUUCCAGCAUGGAGAAAAUACUUGAACGAUAUGAGAGAUAUUCUUAUGUGGGAAGGCAGCAAAUUGCACUUUCUGAAACUGAAUUUUCUCAGGAAAACUGGACGCUGGAAUAUUACAGACUCAAGUCCAAGGUCGAGCUAUUACAAAGAAACAACAGUCAUUAUAUGGGAGAAGAUUUGGACUCGUUGAGUGUCAAAGAACUGCAGAAUCUGGAGCAACAGAUUGACACUGCUCUUAAACACAUUCGUUCAAGAAAAAACCAACUUAUGUAUGAUUCCAUCUCUGCACUUCAGAGAAAGGAAAGGGCAAUACAGGAGCAAAAUGCCUUACUCGCAAAGCAGAUAAAGGAGAAGGAGAAGAGUGUAGCAAUGGCUCAGCAGGCAGAAUGGGAGCAUCAGCAACAGCAGCACCAUGGUUACAGUGCUUUGUCAUUCUUAUUCCCAACACCUCCUCAUCCCUCUCUAAACAUUGGGCUUGCAAGUUUUGAGGGUAAUCAAUGAUUCCACGAUCAACACGUUGAUCGGGGAGUUUCAGAGAAGGGAGCGGUGGAGGAAUCGACGGUGUCGUCGGAGAGUUAUUAAGAGUUUGAGAGGAAGAUGAAUCAUAUAUAAUAAUGCAAAAUGCAUGGGAGUUAAGCUUUGUUUGUGUAAUGGCCAUAUGGCUAGCUAAUAUAUAAAUAUGGGAUGUGGAUGUGGGGGUUUUGUAAGUGAGAAAGACAACUAAUUAAUAUGUUAACUUUGUGUUGUGUUUGUUAACUUCUAAUGGAAUGAACCAGCUGUUUGUUCCAAAAGAAGGGAAGUUUAUGCA